GAUGACAAAACAGCUGCUAGGUUAUGACAGGUCGACGUGUAUUUUUCCGGAUUUGUAUUUACUUUUUCGUAGAAAUCUAAUUCCAACUCAAUGAAAAAAAACUAAUUAUUAAUUAAUUAUUCACCAAGAAUAAUCCUCAACAAUGUCUUCUUCCGCUAUUUAUAUACUGGAUAUCAAAGGAAAAGUCCUUAUAUCCAGAAACUAUAGGGGCGACAUCGAUCUGAGUGUAAUCGAAAAGUUUAUGCCAUUAUUAAUGGAAAAAGAGGAAGAGGGCCUGUUAACGCCUAUAUUACAGACCACCGAGUGCACCUUUGCUUACAUUAAAACCAACAAUUUGUACAUCGUGAGUACUAGUAAGAAAAACGCAAACAUUGCACUGGUUUUUGUAUUUUUACACAAAAUUGUAACAGUUAUGACGGAGUACUUUAAAGAGCUGGAAGAAGAAAGUAUCAGGGACAAUUUUGUUGUGAUUUAUGAACUUUUGGACGAGCUAAUCGAUUUCGGUUACCCGCAAACAACUGACAGUAAAAUUUUACAAGAAUACAUUACCCAGGAAGGACACAAAUUGGAAAUUCAAGUUCGUAUUCCUGUAGCUGUUACUAACGCAGUCUCCUGGCGUUCUGAAGGAAUAAAAUAUAGAAAAAAUGAAGUGUUUUUGGACGUGAUUGAAUCAGUUAAUUUGUUAGCUAACGCCAAUGGCAAUGUCUUGAGAAGCGAAAUUGUUGGUGCUAUAAAAAUGCGAGUCUACUUAUCAGGCAUGCCUGAACUAAGAUUAGGCUUAAAUGAUAAAGUUUUAUUUGAGAGCACUGGCAGGGGCAAAUCGAAAUCUGUGGAACUGGAAGAUGUUAAAUUUCAUCAAUGUGUAAGACUAUCGCGUUUUGAAAUUGAUAGGACAAUUUCAUUUAUUCCUCCUGAUGGUGAAUUCGAAUUAAUGUCGUAUAGAUUGAACACUCAUGUGAAACCUCUCAUUUGGAUUGAGUCGGUGAUUGAAAGACACGCUCAUAGCAGGGUCGAAUAUAUGAUCAAAGCCAAGUCUCAGUUUAAAAGAAGAUCUACUGCAAAUAAUGUUGAAAUUGUCAUUCCAGUUCCACAGGAUGCGGAUUCACCUAAAUUUAAGACUACUAUCGGCAGUGUUAAAUACGCACCUGAACAAAACGCCAUUACUUGGACUAUUAAAUCAUUCCCUGGAGGUAAAGAAUACUUAAUGAGAGCUCAUUUUGGCUUACCAAGUGUUGAAUGUGAAGACACAGAAGGCAAACCACCGAUUCAAGUCAAAUUUGAAAUUCCGUAUUUUACUACAUCAGGAAUUCAAGUACGCUACUUGAAAAUUAUUGAGAAAAGUGGGUAUCAAGCCUUACCUUGGGUUAGAUACAUUACACAGAAUGGAGAUUAUCAGCUCAGGACAAACUAAUAAGAACACUUUUUUUGUUGACUAUUUCUUUAUAUUUAACGAAUUAUUAUGGUUUAUAUAUUAUUAAUAUUUUGAAAUAGUUAUAUUUUUUAAUAACUAAGUAUUAGUUUAAAAAGUAUUAUUUCAAGCAUGAUUUGAUUGUUUUAAUAAAAUUCG